GGGGCCGCGGUUGCCAGGGCGACACCGGCGGCGGCUGAGGGAGAUUGGGACAGCUUUAUGAGCAAUGAGAAGUAGCAACAGCCCUUAGCAAUGGGUGAUGUUUUAGCUUAUGAAGCUGAGUUACUUGGACUAGUGAAAGAGUAUUUGGAUUUUGCCGGAUUUCAAGAAACAGUGAAAGUACUUAAAAAGGAAUGUAAAAUAAAAGGGAAGCCACUAACUAAACCAGCAGAUGUUUCCUCAGAAGAUACAUUUCCUGUUCAGGAAGGAAUACUUAGAGCAUUUGAGGAUGGUGAUCAGAAAGUUUUCUUCCAGCUCUGGGAGGAGCAUAUUUUGUCUUUAGUCCAUGACAGUGAUCCAGUUGCUCAGAACCUGGAGUUCUAUCUCCACAUCUACUUUGCCACCUUCCUCUUGAAACAAACUAUAGGAAAGCCUGACAAAGCUGAACUUGAGGAAAGGAUUUCUUAUUUCAAGGCAUACCUGGAAACAAAAGGAGCUGCACUGAGCCAGACUACAGAGUUUCUUCCCUUCUAUGCUUUGCCUUUUGUUCCGAACCCCAUGAUACAUCCUUCAUUUAAAGAAAUUUUCCAGGAUUCUUGGACACUGGAUUUAAAGACAAGAUUGGAAAACUUUCUGUCUCUGACUCUCAAAUCCAGACAGACUCCUCGGCUUCUCACUAUAUUUAAGGAGAGUGGACAGUGCAACAAAGAAAUGAUGCAACAUCUUCAUCAACAGUUAAUCAAGCGUGAGCAGAGGUACAUGACCAACCUGAAACGACUUCACAAAUUGCAGAUGGACUACCGUAAUCUCCUUGGAGUCACUGCAGAGCUGGUGGAUUCUUUGGAGGCCACAAUCACUGGCAAGAUGAUUACACCAGAAUAUCUUCAAAGUGUUUUUGCUUGCUUGUUUAGCAAUCAUUUGAAACAAACUGUAGCACACCACAUUGACUUCUCAAGGCCUGGAACUGGAUAUUACUCUAUGAGCCCUUGUGAUGACGGAUAUGCUUCCACACUGUUAAGAGCAUCUUUAGCCUCUAUAAAGUUACAGGAUGUGCCAUUGCUGCCCUCUUUGGAUUAUGAGAAGCUGAAGAAAGAUUUGAUCACAGGGAGUGAUCGUCUCAAGGCCCUGUUACUGCAGGCUCUGCGCUGGCGCUUGACAACAUCAUAUCCUGGAGAACAGAGAGACACUAUCAUGCAAGCCUACAUCAGCAAUGACCUCCUAGACUGCCACAGCAACUGUCAGAGAAGUGUCCUCCAAUUAUUAUAUUCUAAGAGUGAGGUAGUCAGACAGUAUAUGGCAAGGCUCAUCAAUGCUUUUGCUUCACUGAUAGAAGGUCGUGCCUACCUUUCUCAGAGCCCAACAUUGCUGCAAAUGCUGGAGGACAGACUGAAAGCUGAAGACAAGGAUUCCCUUACAUGGGAGAAUGUUCUGGGGGCUCUGCAGAAAUUCAGCCUCAGGCGUGCACUGCAGUCAGCAAUGAUCAAAGAUGGGCUGAUUUUCUGGCUGGUUGAUGUUCUAAUAGACCCAGAUUGCCUGUCUGAUUACAACCUGGAGUAUUGUGCUGCCUUGCUCAUGAAUCUUUGUCUGCGGAGUGCAGGGAAGAAAAUAUGUGCAAGUAUCCCAAACCACAUGCUCAGAGUUCUUUCUGGUCUUCUUGACCAUGAGAAUCCUAAGAUCCAGUCAUAUGUGAAUGGAGCACUGUACAGUAUUCUGGCCAUCCCUUCUGUCCGAGAAGAAGCCAAAGAAAUGGGAAUGGAAGAAAUUCUGCGCUGCUUUAUCAAGGAAAGAAAUGAGGAGAUGGUUCGACAGAUUGAAUUUGUUAUCAAGCAACUCAAUUCAGAAGAGCCAUUCAAUGAUAGUAUUGUAUCUGAUGAUGAUGAGGAAGAGGAGUAUGAGGAAGAGGACAGUGACAUCCUGGAGCCUGAUCUGGACAAAGAUGAGGUUUUGCUGCCUCAGAUGGGAGAGCUUUCAGGAGAGAAGCUGCUAACAACUGAGUACUUGGGAAUAAUGACUCACACUCCAAAAAUGAAGAAGAAGCAAUUUGCUGGUGUCCAUCAGAGUAUAGAUGAGCCUCUCCAGAGACCUGUGACACCAGGUUAUCACAGAACUGCAUAUCUAAUGCCAGAAAACGGUACCAAUUCUUGUCACAAUAGGGAUGAGAAGCUGCAGUCUCCACCAAGUGGUCCUUCUUCCAUUUGUGGUGGGAGCCAGUCCAGCAUUUCUGACUUCUGCAUUUCUCCCUCAUCAGUUGAAAUGAAGUCAUCUGAAGUAUUUGCAUCAGGCCAUAGAAUGGACCAACACAUCCCAGCUGGUGAUACCUUGUCUUCUCAACCUGCUGACUUCACUGAGGACAGAGCAAAUGGUCAAUCACACAGCGACUUUGCCUUAGCCUUCACCAGCAAACCUAAGAUCCCUCGCACUCCUGACGGGCAGAGCCCCAGCCCUAGAAAGGGAAAGGUCCCAGCCAUUGCCCCCCAGUUCUCUCAGUCUGAACAAACAAGCCAUCCAAGCUCCUCAGGAUCAUCCACAAGGAGCAGACAGAGUAAGUGGAAAAUGUCAUCGUUCUGUUUGUCAUUCCUUGGGCUGGGAAAGGAGGGAGCAUUGUAGAAACUUCAGGAAUGACAUCGUAGGCUACGAAUGUGCCAGGAGUCUAUGACAUUGUACUUGUCAUCUGCAGGAUGUACAACCAUGUAAUUAUAUCCUGCUGAACACUGCUCCUAUUUCCAGGCUGUCAUGUGAGCAGUUAAGAGACAUGCUUUUUCCUGUCUCUGGGUGGAGAAAAGUGGCCCAAAUUCUCAGAAGGUUUUGGGGAAGCUUAUGAGUCUCAGAUUAGACAUUCUCUAGAUGUCAUCAGAGUUUUUCCUUUUCUUUAGACAUUUGUUCAUCCCACUGUGUAACUUGAAGUCGGAUCCCUGGGUGUCUACAGUGCAGCUGAAUGUAAAGCAGAUGUCAGGCAGCUCAGGAGAUGGCUCAGGGCAGCUUGGUAAGCAGAGAGCCAAGCACAGCGUGCUGCUUAUGGCAGUCUCCUUUCUGCUGGAGACUGGGACUCAAGAACCAUGUGGCCAUGCUGUGGCCUGCAAAAGUUUAUAAAAAGUACUUCAUCUUUGUGGGGGGAGUCAGAAGAGAGGGUGGCUUUGACUUGAGAAUAG